CGCGCAGCAGAACGUAAAUUUAAUAUUGAUGAAUCCAUGGCAAGGUUAUGGAGAAAAAAAGAAGACUUGUUUCGUGCGUCAGAUAAGUCUCGGAGAUCAUUUAGAGGAAGCCCUGGCAGAUAUCCUCUUUUAGAAGCAAAGGUUGCGGAAUGGACGUUAAGUCAGAAAGCACUCAGAGGAACCAUUACCGGAAAGGAGGUUAAAGAAAAAGCUGUUCAAAUUUCUAAAGAACUCGGCAUAGAAGAUUUUAGAGGUACAACAAACUGGUAUUACCGAUUUUUAAGGCGGCAAAAGAUAAAUACUGAUAGACUGAACUGGAAUACUAAAGUUUUGAAAUGGAAACCUAGAAAUGUUAAGAAAGAGCCCACAACACCCAAUAGCAAGAUAGCGAAUACAACUCCAUCAUCUAGAGAUUACACUUUACCGAGAAUAACAUCGAUUCAAUCCUGCAGACCAAAAAAUGUCUCUACUCAAACAAGAAUUGCAGUAACCCCAACAAAUAGCUCAAAAAAACAACAGUCUUCCUUGAAUGGAAGUGCUCUAAAUAAUCAACUAGAAUCUCUCGGCUACUCAGCAUCGUCGCUCUCCCUCUCUGGAAGCAAUGGAACAUCAAUAAGAAGUACUGAGAACAUUGAAACAAUAUUUCCUCUCCAAUCGCAUACGAACUCAGAUCAUGCAAAUGUAGACACUGUUUCUGAUCCACAACAAACAUCACUGUCUGCAGAACUGGAGAACAACAUCAAUAUCUCAGACAUUAGUAUCUUCAGCUCUCCUGACAGGUUAUUUUUCUCGUCAAUAUGUAUGGAUAUGGAAAGAUUGCCUUUUAAAGAAAAACUUAGAUUUAAACAAAGUGUUUUGAGACUACUGCAUGAGAGAUUACUCAAAUGUGAAGAGUCAUGAUGGCAUAUACGCCAGUUUAUUUUAGACCAUGGAUCGACAGAAAGUUUUAAUCUUCAUAGAUAAUAUGCAGGUACCCAUUUUUUCUUUUUUGUUGCUUGCAUUUUAUCGCUGGGUCGUUUCAUACAUUCUUUUUACUUUUCGUUAACUACAUCUUUGGAUUACAAUCCAAAUUAUUAUAUGUUAUCUUAAGUAUUUUCCGCCUAAUGUCCUGCCGCUGAUAAAGCCGUCGUUCGAUGUGUGUUUUUAGAUGCUGCGCUUCAAAGAGACACCACUGGUCACUAAUUUGAGUAACGUCGAUGACCGUAAAGUUUUGCCAAUUCGACAGACUGGGUGAAACUACCCAGACAAAAAAAUGCCACCGAUUAACGGAUGUACAGCGUGUUCUUAUCACUUUUAAUUCACGCUUGAGCUAGGGAACUGUUUAAGACUCCGGCUAUCCUUGUAAACUCUAUAUUUUUGUUGUACUGGGAAUGCUUCUACCGAAACAAGCGUGGACAGUUUUCUAACAAACUUUGUGCCAAAUCAAAUUAGACACUUAUGACUGAUUCAUGUGAUAAUUAAUAGCCAGUUGUAAAAAUACAAAUUUUUUCCUUUUACAUUUACUAUAGUAAUAUCUAAUACUUGGCGAUAAAACUUGACCUUGAAAGUGUGUGUUAUAUACAGAGAACUACGGUAAUUUAGAUGAGAAAGUGGGAUGUUUUGCAUGUUAUUAUCUUUGCAUUAUUUUCUGUAUAGAAUUGUUUUGAUUUGGCUUCCAUUAUUUGGAUUUUCUUUGCCAAUCUGCACAUUUUAGAGAGUUAGUCUGUGAUCUAUAUAGUUUGUGGUGAGGUGCUUCUUGAGUGUUGUUAUAUAUAUCAGGAGAACAUAGUAUUUUUAAACAUUCUAUAAGCUUUAUAUGAUUUUAUGAAAUUAUCACAUACUAUGACUCAAACUGUAAUGAACUUUAAUUAAUUAGGCCGGAUUUUUAAACAUCUGAUUGGACUGUAGAAUAUAUUGAAUGUUUUUAAAAAUUCGGUGUUUUUUUAAUGCUUAUCAGCAUACUAAUUACUUUAAUAAAUUGUUAUAUAACAAUACAGAUUAACUAAAAUUAGGUAUAUCAGUAAAAUUACUAAUUCAAUGCUGAUGAUGCUUUCAAGGAUAUUUGUAUUGCAUCUAAUUUAACAAAAUACAUAACUUUAACAAAUACAUAAAUUUUUGACUCUAACUUUCUUUAAUCUAUUCUUCACUGGUUAAUGUUAACGUUGUUUGUAAAUCUUUACCUGCUAACCACUGCAAACCUUAUUGAAACUUAGCUAUAAAAAACCAUUUAUUUAGCUUUUUUAUUCGUUACUUUUUACUUAUAUCCAAUCAUGUUUUAAAACUAGAAAAAUCAGAAAAUUCUUUCUUUUUGAAUGUCAAUUACAGUAAUUAUUGAAUAGAAGUCACUCCUGGACCCUGGACUAGCGUAUACCUUAUAAGCUGAAUUUAACUAUCUUAAUUUUACAAUCGGAGUACAGCUGCCAUAAGCGUAAGGCUUAAUCCAACAUUAAUAUGGUUAUAUGUAUAAUUAAGCUGUGACUGUGAGAGAUAAUGAAAUUGAGUAAAUAUAGUGGGGUAGUAAGCAAAUUUUGAAUACUACAACAUUGAAACACCAAAAGAGGAAGCUAUGUAACCUUUACUAUAUAGACUCGCCAAAGUGGCAAACUUUGUCCAAUUGCUGAACUCCUAUGAUGUUUUGUUUUUCAAUGAAUAGUCAAUGAAUAAUGUUUGAAGGUAUCUGGAAUUCCAUGGCUGUAGUGUAGACCAUAAUUUGAAUGUUUUAUAUGGAAUGUUACGAAACAUAUGGGAUGUAUGAAAUUUUGAUUUUUUAAUUCUACAAUGUCGUGAUACAUAUAUAUAUAUAUAUACAAGUUGAUGAUACAAAAUCAUAGUUUGUAUAAUUCCUGUAUUGUUGCUUUAGAAUCUAAAAUUUAAAACGGUAUUCAAAUUUUUAAAUGAUGCCUAAUUACUUAUUACAGGGGGAUUAAUGUUUAUAUGAUAUCUAUUUAUUAUUUUGUUUUAUUGGCUUGUUCUCUCCAGGGCUGGAGAGCUAGAGUCCGAGCUACCAGACAUUUUAGUGGCUCCAGCUCCUAACCAUCUCAUUUUUUCACAUAUAUAACUUUUAGAUACCUGAUCCAAACGAUAAAAUCUACCCUUUUCAGCUUAUAAUUCCUUUUUCUAAAUUUCAGUUCCUAAUAUUAAUUCAAAAGUUUAAAGUUAUAUUUAAUGCGGACCAGUGUUAACUCUAAGCGAAUUAUGAGUGCGAAAGUGCUUCGCAGUCGAAAAAAAAGUGCGAAAGUGCUUUUGCCGAUUUCAACAAGUUAGCAAUACAAUCUGAUACUUACCAACUAAUUGGAGUUCUCGUAAUGGCAACACGUAAAAGAUACACUGUGGAAUUCAAAAUUGAGGUUAUCAAUUAUGCUAAAAAACAUGGCAAUCUACCGGCAGGACGUAAAUUUAAUAUUGAUGAGUCCAUGGCAAGGUCAUGGAGAAAGAAAGAAAAUUUAUUGCGUUCUUCAGACAAGUCUCGGAGAUCAAUUAGAGGACUGUCCAGCAAAUAUCCUCUUUUAGAUAAAAAGGUUGUGGAAUGGUUGUUAAGUCAGAGAGCAAUCAGAGGAACAGUUACCAUCAAGGAAGUUAGAAAAAAAGCUGUUCAAAUUUCUAAAGAACUCGGCAUUGAAGGUUUUACAGGGACAUCAACCUGGUAUUACCGAUUUUUAAGGCGGGAAAAGAUCAAUACUGAUAAAUUGAACAGGAAUACCAAAGUUUUUAAAUGGAAACCUAGAAAUGUUAAAAAGGAGCCUACAACCUCCAAUAGCAAGAUAGUGGAUACAACACCUUCCUCUAGUGAUUCCACCUCAACGAGAAUAUCAUCGAUUCAAUCCCGCAGACCGAAAAAUGUCUCUACUCAAGCAAGAAUUGCAGUAACCCCAACAAAUAGCUCAAAACAACAACAACAACAGUCUUCUAUAAAUGAAAGGGCUCUGAAUAUUCAACUAGAAUCUUUCGGCUGCUCAGAAUCUCCGCUUCCUUUGGGAAGCGAUGGAACAUCCGUUGGAAAUGGGCCCGAGAACAUUGAAACAAUAUCUCCCGGUCAAUCGCAGACUUAUUCAGGUCCGGCUGAUGAAGAGAUUGCGGUUUCUGAUCAACAGCGAACAUCGCUGUCUCCAGGACUCGAGAACAACAUCAAUAUCUCAGACUUCAGUAUUUUUAGCUCUCCAGACAGGUUAUUUUUCUCAUCAAUAUGCAUGGAUAUGGAAAGAUUACCUUUUAAAGAAAAACUCAGAUUUAAACGAAGUGUUUUGAGACUACUGCAUGAGAGAUUGCUCAAAUGUGAAGAGUCAUGAUGGCAGGUUUUAUUUCCGUAUUUCUUCUUGCAUAACGUGCGGGUGUAUUUUGCAAUUUCAGACAGUCUGUAUCUCUGAAUUUUGACGGUAUAUCUUCUAUAAUACAAAGAUGUAUUUUAAUUUUAGCACAUGGAUUGCCAGAAAUUUUCAAUCUCCUUAGAUAAUAUGCACAGUGGGUUUGCGGUUUCUCCUUAGUGUUGCGGAUUUUUUUUUUGUGCCGAAGCGUUUCAGACAUUCUGUCUGCUUUUUGUUAACUAUACCUCUAAAUUAAUAUGUUAUCUUACCGUAAGUAUUUGUCGCCUAACGGUCUGCCAAUCGUGACUUUCUGUUAUUUGAAAUAAAACUUUCAUGCUGUUUUUUUUCUGAUUCUUUUGAAAGCUGGUGUUCAAAGGGUGUUUCCAGACACUGUAUUUCAAAGAGACACCACUGGUCACUAAUUUGAGUGACAUAUAUGACCCUCAAGUUUUGCCAAUUCGACAGAACGUGAGAAACGACCCAGACCAGACAAUGACAGCAGUUAACAAAUGUACAGCCUGUUCUCAUCAUUUAUGACCUUCUAUCCUUAUAAACACUAAAUUUUUGUUGGACUGGGUAUGGUUCUACUGAAACAAGCGUGAUCUGAUUGACUGAUAUAUGUGAGAAUUAUUAGCCAGUUAGGCAUAAAAUAUUGAUUAAUAUUUUUUUGAUAUCUUCUAUUUCAAUGCACGAUAUACUUUCGCUUAUUCCAAAUUUGACCGUGAAAGUGCUUGUUAUACAUCGAGAAUUUAGAUGAGACGGUUUGAUGUUUUGCAUGUUGUUAUCAUUGCAUUAUUUUCUGUAUAGAAUUGUUUUAACUUUGCUGCCAAUGAUUUGGAUUUUAUUUGCUAAUCUGCACACAGAGAGCUAUGCUCUAUAUAUUUUUUGAUUAGGUGCUUCUAGAGCUGACAUGGGCAAACACUUGCCCACGGGCCAAAUCCGGCCCGCUUGGUACUUCAAUCUGGCCCGCAAGAUGCUGCCACAACCAAAAUAAAUCCAAAUUUUAAUGUUUAGAUAAAAAAAAAAAUAGCUCAAGGAAUUUGUUGAGAUUGAGAUUAAAUUUAGUUUUAGCACGAGGCUUAUUACUUUCCACUUUGCUUUUGUAAGACUGUAAAUAUUGUUCAUAAAAUGUAACUUUUUAUGUCACACUCACUUGGCCGGCCCGCCAGUCCAGACAGGUAAAAUUUGUGGCCCCUGGCCCUAAAACCUUGCCCACCCCUGUUCUAGAGGGUUUAUCGGGAGAAUAUAGAAUUUUCAAAUAUUCUAUAAAGUAGCCUAUAAUAUAAUUAUAUGAUAUCAUGAACAUAUGAUACAAAUUGCAGUAAACUUUAAUUAUUUAGGCCUGAUUUUAAUAUCUGGUUAGACUGUAAAGGAAACUGAAACUAAAUGUUUUCUAAUGCUUUUUCAUCGUAUAUCAGCGUACGAACUGCAUUGAUAAAUUGUAAUAUAGCAAUACAUAUGGAUUAAAAUUAGAUAUAUCAGUAAAAUAGUCAAUUCGUUGCUGAUAAUUUUGACAUCUCCAAGACUCCAAAUAAGUUUGUAUCUAAUUUAACAACUAAUUUGCCCAUUUUUUAAUCUAAUUUUCCUUGCUUCAUACCCGCACUGGUUAAUGUAAAUAUUGUUUGUAUUUCUUUCCCUGCUAAUCACUGCUUUUUUGUUUCUUUUCACUUUCAUCCAAUCGCGUUUUAAAUCUGGAGAAAUCAGAAAAAUCUUUUUUUUUGAGAAUAUCAAUUAUGGUAAUUAUUUAAUGAAAAGUGCAAAUAGAAGUUAUUUUCUGGUCAGAGCUGCAUUUUGCUAAUUUAAUUUUGCAAUCUGAGGCGAUCGAGAAAACAUUGCUUCUGCUGAAUGGCAGCAAUGUCUAAUUGCUAAAUUCAUAUGAUGUUUUGUUCUGUCUCAUUCCUGAUUUCUGUACAUUAUCUUCGUUGUUUACUAUUGUGAUUUUUCGCCGUCUUUUUGCACCUACCGAACCUUGUGCACCUGGUAUGAUAAAUUUUUUAACUGGCCAUUCUUUUUUGAUUAUCAUUCUCAGCUAAUGUAGUUCUAUGGUGUUGCUAGUAAAAUUAUAAAAUGUCAGUGGAACCACCAAAGAGAAAGUUUUCGAAUUGGUCGAAAAGUGCUAUUUCGCAGUCCCUGAAAAAAAGUGCGAAAGUGCUUCACUUUUCGCAAAAAAGUGCGCUAAUAGUGAACACUGAUGCAAUGAUAUAUCACAAAUUUGAUUCCUAUUUCCGCUAUGCCGAAUUUUUUUGAAUGAAAUGUUGGAUAAUAUUUAAUUUGAAUACAUUUUUUGCAAUCUUGCAAAUUUCUCAUCACGUUAGAAAAUCCCAAUAACUGCAAAAAAUUCCAGAAAGUAAAUUUUAAUUUAGUACAAUAAAAAUGCAUAUAAAUCAUAAUUAGUAGAUGAAAACACAUCUCUCGAAAUCUUCGCGGUACGGCCUCAGAAACAGCCUACGGGACUACGCCACUUAUGGAAAAAUCCAAUUUUUUGAGGAAUAAUGAUUCUUCUGUUGCGCAAAGUGAAUAAUCAUGACUGAUACUGGCCUUUUUGAAAUUUUUUGCUUCUUAAGUUUGAAUGCGUUCAGUUUAACCUGCGGUUGCGUAGACAAAAUAAAAUCAUUAGUCAUCACUACUCUGAAAUAUCAUAGCAAUUUGCGGACAUAAAAAUGUGUUGUAAAGUGCCCGAUUAGAUCUUGUUUUGAUUCAUAUUUUUGUGAAUUUCACAAAUCUGAUUAGUUUUUGCAACACCGACUUCGCACUAUCGCAUUUCUGCCACUCAUGUUGUUUUUAGGAUAUCACCCUUAGAAAAAGUUCGAUAAAUAUAUUUUAACAAAAAUUGAAUGAAUAUACUUUCCAUUAAUUAUCUCAUAUAAUCUGGGGAAAAGUCUAAUCAGAUCCUGUCAUAGCUUUAGAAUGGAUAAAAAGGUAGAUCGCGAGCAUGAUUAAGCGUCAUUAAAUUUAUUUCCCAUAAAUAAAACUGAUAUGAUUCCCUAAGCUAACCAGGAAAUAUUAUGUGCUGCAGGCACACAAAAUUGUGAGAUUUACAAUGUCUGAAUGGGCGUUUUCGAUCUGUUGCGGGCAUCCUAAAACGAAGAUUAUAGUGCUUUCCGUUUCAUUUAAGUGUUUUACAUUGUGAAAAAUUUGGCUUGCGAAUUCCGCCCUUUUAUUUAUCUUUAACACCUCAUCGCCGAUGAUUAUAAAAUAAAUCUCAAAGGAUUUGCAGUUAUGUGCAAGAACAAAAAAGGAAAGGAUCAUAAGACAGUCUUAAAAUUGUUUAAAACCUAAAUAACACGCUACCCUUGGAAAACAAUCGAUAAAAUGUGAAAGCAUGCGUUAUUUGCAGCGCCGACCCUGAACCCCAUGGCGAUGGAAUCUGAGCUGGAACCACAAUUUAAAUAUACUUUGACGCUGAAGCUGGAGUCGCUGUGACUUCAAACCAGCUCCCCAUCCCUGGUUCUCUCAAUCAGUUGAAUUAAAACCGUGAUUAUGAGUUAUGACUAAAAUUUCUGUCUCACUGUGGCUUAGCACUCUUUAACCAUUAUGAGUUUGUCCAUAUUAUCGUUACUAAUUCAUUAAACAUUAAAAGCUGGAACUAUUUUGAGAAUUUUCCUUGACUUCAUAUAUUUAAAUUAAUUUUCUGACAGUAAUACAAUCUGAUACUUACCAACUAAUUGGAGUCCUCAUAAUGGCAACACGUAAAAGUUACACUGCGGAAUUCAAAAUUGAGGUUAUCAAUUAUGCUAAAAAACAUAGCAAUCUGGCGGCGGGACGUAAAUUUAACAUUGAUGAAUCCAUGGCAAGGACAUGGAGAAAGAAAGAAGAUUCGUUGCGUGCUUCAGACAAGUCUCGAAGAUCAUUCAGAGGACCCCCCUGCAAAUAUCCUCUUUUAGAUGGAAAGGUUGCGGAAUGGUUGUUAAGUCAGAGAGCAGUCCGAGGAACCGUUACUGGAAAGGAAGUUAGAGAAAAAGCUGUUCAAGUGGCUAAAGAACUCGGCAUAGAGGGUUUUACAGGGGCAACAAACUGGUAUUACCGAUUUUUGAGGCGACAAAAGAUAAAUACUGAUAGACUGAACUGGGAUACCAAAGUUUUGAAAUGGAAGCCUAGAAUUAAUAGGAAGAAGCCCACAACACCCAAUAGCGAGUUAGUUAAUACACCACCUUCAUCUAGCAGUUCCACUUCACCGAGUCUGAAAAAUAUCUCCACUCAAACAAGAAUUGCAGUAACCCGAACAAAUAGCUCAAAACAACAACAACAGUCUUCCUUGAAUGAAAGUGCUCUAAAUAAUCAACUAGAAUCUCUCAGCUACUCAGCAUUGCCGCUCUCUCUAUCGGGAAGCAAUGGAACAUCAAUAGGAAAUAGUACGGAGAACAUUGAAACAAUAUUUCCCUUUCAAUCGCAGACUUAUUCUGGUCCGGCUGAUGAAGAGAUUGCGGUUUCUAAUCCACAGCGAACAUCGCUGUCUUCAAAACUCGAGAACAGCAUCAAUACCUCAGACUUUAGUAUUUUCAGCUCUCCUGACAGGUUAUUUUUCUCGUCAAUAUGUAUAGAUAUAUUUAAAGAUUGCCUUUUAAAGAAAAACUUAGAUUUAAACGAAGUGUUUUGAGACUACUGCAUGAGAGAUUACUCAAAUGUGAGGAGUCGUGAUGGCAGUUUAUAUUCCUGUAUUUCUUCUUGCAUAGCGCGCAGGUUUAUUUCAGACAUUCUGUCUGCUUUUUGCUAACUAGCUUAUAUCUCUGAAUUUUGAUGGUAUAUCUUCUAUAAUACAAAGAUGUAUUUUCAAUCUCCAUAGGUGAUACGCACACUGGGUUUGCAGUUUCUCAUUUGUGUUUCGAGUUAUUUUGUGCCGAAGCGUUUGGACAUUCUGUCUGCUUUUUGUUAAUUAAUAACUAUACCUCUAAAUUGAUUUGUUAUCUUACCGUGAGUAUUUGUCGCCUAAUGGUCUGCCAACAAUCAUGAUUUUCUCUUAUUCGAGAUAAAACUUUCAUGCUGUUUUUUUUGCUGAUCUUUUUAAAAGCUGAUAAGGCCGACAUUCAAAAGGUGUUUCCAGACGCUGCGCUUCAAAGAGACACCACUGGGGACUAAUUUGAGUCACACAUAUCGACGCAGGAAAUCCAAAUUGGGCUAAAUCCAUUUUUCUAGUUUCGAGAAAAACACAAAAAACGUUUCUUUUUUGUUUUGUUUUUUUAUAUUUCUCUAAUACCUUACAUUAAGGAUGUCUAGUUUUCAUGGUCCACCAAAGUUGCAAUGGAAGCCAUAUUUUGAUGGUAUAAAAAAAAUCGUGAUCCCCCCCAAUUUUUUUUUUUCGAAAGUUUUUUGGACCUAACCCUUUUUGGAAAUCAGGAGAGCAAAUAAAACCUUAAAAAUGGUUCAAAACGUAUUUUUAAUUUUCUAGGAUAAAAACAAUUUUAUUGGACUUAGGGCCCCUUUAUUAUGUUAUCAUAGAAGUAACUUAUCAUUGAAAAACGUCAAUAAUUCCCUUCUACAAUGUUUUUGACACUUUUUGUGAGCUUAUCUUUACGUUGAAAAAUAUUCUUGCUUCUGAAUCUUGAUGACAAUGGUUAUCUAGCUUCGAAUUUUUAUCAGACCGCUGUUGCUACUGAUUACUGCAUUUUUUUUUCCUCUCAGAAUCAUUACCAACUUUAUUACUAAACAAAUAUACGAAACAAAUUGUAAAUCAUCAAUCAGGGAGGGUUAAAGGAAAUAGAAAAAAGCCCAGCAUGGAAAACAGUUUUAAAUAAGCUUAAUUUUACAAAAGUUGCAAUGAAUGUUUUUUUUUAGAUAGUCUUUCUGCUCAUGAGAUCUAACUUUCAUCAACUACUGGAAGCAUUUUGUAGAAUCCUUGUGGUUUGUAGGGAUUAAAUAUUAUGACCCUUAAGUUUUGCCAAUUCGACACAACUUGAGGAAUGCCCCAGACAAUGGCAAAUGUAUACCCUGUUCUUAUCACUCUUGCUAUCUUUAUAAACACUAAAUUUUCGCUGGGCUGGGUUUGCUUCUACCGAAACAAUCAUGAUCUGAUUCUAAUAGACAAUAUUGACUGAUAUGUGAGAAGUAUUAGCUAGUUAAGGAUAUAAUAUUGAUUAAUAUUUUUUUGAUAUUCGAUUUCAAUGCACGAUAUGCUAUCCCUUAUUCCAAAGAAAAAAUCUGAACUUGAAAGUGCCUGUUAUACACAUCUGUCAAAUGAACCUGGAAUUUCAAUAUGGAAUUUAUGUGCUAUCUAUGGUGUUAUAUGAUAACAGGUUGAUGAUACAAAAUCGUAGUUUUUAGAAUUCCUGUAUUGCUGCUUUAGAGUAAUCUAAAAUUUAAUUUAAUUGUUUGAAUUUUUCAAUGAUGUAUAUACUUUUGUGCGCUGUUUCGUACUGAAUUUUACAGAGAUCCAUAUUGUCUUCAUCACAGCAAUGAUAUUAUCAUAAACAUGACUACAAGUGCAACUAUGCCAGAAAUGGCAGCAUAACAUUUUUUGAGUCAGUGCUAUUUUGUGCCUCAUUCCUGAUUUCUGUACAUUAUCUUAGAAUUUUUUUAAACUUGCGAUUAUUUUUUGACUAUCAUUCUCAGCUAAAGUAGUUCUAUGAUUGUUGACAGUAGAAUUAUAAAAUGUCAACCAUGGACCCGCCAAAGAGAAAAUCUUCAAAUUGGUCUGAGGUUGAUAUAACGAAUGCAUUACAAGAACUUGAAGACGGUAAAGCUUUGCAUCGUACAGCUGUAAAAUAUGGUAUCCCUCCUUCAACUCUAUCUGAUCGUCAUGAUAGAGUUAAAUCUGGAUUGUAUGGAAAACGAAAAUGCUGGACAGAGGAAGAUUUGGAGAAUGCUAUCGAUGAACUCCAACAAGGAAAAUGUAAAUUAAAAGUGAUUGCACAAAAAUAUAAAAUCCCUGAAGUGACAUUACGAGCAAAACACAGAAAAUUUGUAUCUGGAAUUGAUAUUUUUCAAAGGGAAAAGUAUGUUAUAAAACGAAAAAUAUGGCAAGAAAAUGAUGUUGCAAACGCUCUACUAGAAGUGGAACAAGGUGAAAGACUUACACCAGUUGCCAGAAAAUAUGGAAUUCCACAGUCAACUUUGUACGAGAGAUUUCAAAAGCUACGAUCAAAAAGGAAUGAUUCUGAAAUUGGAAAAAUUGAAAUUGAACCCUUACCAUCUGGAUUAAAUCUAGAGUCUGAGAUAUUAGCUGUUGCUGCAAAGUAUGGAAUAAAAGAUGAAAAAUUAAACAAAAAUAAUAUGAAAACGACUGUUAUUCCUCCAAAAACAUGGACUGAAACUGAUGUUUUUCAUGCUCUGAAAGAAGUCAGUGAUGGAUUACAUACAUCUGAGGCUGCUAGGAAAUAUGGCAUUCCACUUACAACUUUAAAACGAAGGCGAGAUGCUCUCAUAUCUGGCAAAGCUCUCAAGUUGAAUUCAACUUCGUUUGAUAAAGAGGAUCGAGGGUUCAUGUUUUCUAAUGAGAGUAAACUUGAUCAAUCAAACAACAUUCCGGAAAUAGAAAUUGGUGAUAUAGGUGUUUCGGCUUCAAAAAUUCCAAAAAUGCAGGGCAGUACUGAACUAGAAAUACCAGAAAAUCUAUUAGAGGAGAGCAACAUAAAUCAUGAAGAUGUUACUGAGGCCACUUCAGUCGAUCCAAAUUCUGAUAGUUCUGUGAAUAAUUUGAACUCUGGGUUAACUUUACCUACUAAUAUUAUUGAAAAAUUGAAACAAAGCAAAUUUGCAAAGCCUAGAAGAACGUGGUCUGAAAAAGAUCUCUCAAAUGCAUUGAGUGAUUUAAUGGACGGCGAACUUCCCUCAAAAACUUCAGCGAAAUAUGGAAUCCCUUUAACAACAUUAAAAAGAAGGAGGGAUAUGCUAUUAUCGAGUCAAUGCUCAUCAUUGAAUAACGAUGUUAAUCUUUCACCAGAUAAGAAAAAUGGUGUCACUAAAUUGUCUAAUGGUGGUAGAAAAUCAGUAGAUGAAAAAUGCAAGGUAUUGAGAAUGGCACUUCUAAGAAGCUUGGAAUUAGCAAAUUGCACUGACAACAUACUACAAUGUGAAUUGUUCAAUAAUGGUAAUUCACACGAAACUACGCAAGAAAAUAUUGAAGAAGAAUCAGAUUGCAUUGAAAUUCCUUCUAUUAGUAAUGAUAGCAAUGGAUUACCCAUCACUACCAAUGGAAGUAUGCUUGACAAAGAACAAGAUUGUUAUUAUAAUGACAGUGAAUCCGAAAUUGAUAAUUUAUCACUCCCUGUGGCAGUAGAAAAUGACUCCCAAAUUAAUUCAGAAACUCUUACGAAUAUAUAUUCUGCUGCACUUAGGCAGCAAACAGAUGAAAAUCCUAUUAUAAAUACUCCAUUAUCUGUUCCAAAUGUUAUAUCUACUAACUCCGCAGACAGUUUAUUUUUUUCAUUAAUAUGUUUAGAAAUGGAGAAUCUUCCAAGAACGAAACGACAGCAAUUCAAACAGACUGUUUUAAAAUUACUUUAUGAUACAAUUGAUAGCUGUGAAUAAUAUUCAUUUGUCGUGACAUUUUCUUUUAUGAUUUCAAAUAAAUACAUUUAUAUAGAGUUCAAGCGCUAUUUGAAUUUCCAUUUUUUUUUCAUACUCAACUAUGUAAAAACAUACCGAUAGAUUAUCAAAACUGAACAAUAAUUAUUCUUUUACUCCUUAGUACAUUAUGAAGAAUCAUUUUCGAAUAUGCAAUAUCAAAAGUAUUCUAAUUUAGGCAUUUUCAAUGAAAAAGUUACAUGAGUAUAUUCGAUGAGAGUAAAUUCAGAGGGAAUGAUUUGAAUCUCAAUCGCCUGAAGUUGAAUUGUUUUUGUUUGACAUUAUUCUCCUAAAUGAAGAACUUGCUCUUAACAAAACUCAUUUCAAAUGUAUUCAAAUAAUUAUAGAUUUCGACAUCGUUGGGAUAUCUUGAACUCCAAUAUCGAAGUUCUUGAAAUUUCGUUCAAUUCUAAAUAAUUAUUUCGAAUAAGAUACAAAAUUUGCUCAGUAUAUUGGGAUUAUAUUCCUAAUAUUCCUCCCCCAUAAAGUCUAAAAAAUAUGACAUUCAAAUCAAAAAUCCCCUUCAUAGAAAAUAGGGUUAGGGUUGAAUUUGGAAUUUUUCUUUGUAUAUGAAACUUUCUGGGUGGAAGUUUAUUAUUCAGCAUAUUCUUUAUUAAAUCCCUUUUAGUGUUUCUUCUUUUAAUGAUUAUUUAAAUAAUCAUUUCAUUAAUAGGGGUGUAAGACUGGUUGUUCAUCAUUUCAUAUAAAUUUGAUCAUUAUAUGAGCAUUCAAUCACAAAGCAGUAAAAUGGUUAAAUUUGGUCAUUUGAAGUUGAAUAAAUCAUCUGCUAGUUGCAUAUCCUAUACAAUUCAAUUUGUUUUAAGAAAUUGCAUUUUGAGUGUGUAAAAGUUUGAAAUUGGCUGAUCGAAACUAAAUUAUCAAGGCAGUGGUUUUCAACCUUUUUGAUGAAUCAGAGCCUCAAUAAGACAUUUUAAAGGCUAGUAACCCAUGUGCAAUAGUUUAUUUUUCUGAGUUGUAUAAACGCAAACCUAAUACUGACAGAACAACUUUGAAUUGUACCGAAUUUCAUACUAAUAUAUAUUUGAUCAUAUUCGAACAAUAUACAUAUGAGCGUUCCAGAAGUAUGCGUACCAAUAUGCGUUGUGUAAAGAGACUGAAACCUGUAAGCAGGGUGAUAUUCACUUGGCUAACACAGACGGUCCCCAAACUCGUAAUAAAAUUUAAAAAAUCGCUAAAUAAAAUAUUGUCUAACCCUAACCUGGAACACUUACUUUGGGAGUAUCCAUAUAUGAUUAUGGACUCUCAAACUUGGAAUGAAAACUAGUGGAACUAUAGUUUGCCACAGAACCCAAAUUGAAACCCACUGCUCUAUCAUGAUUCUAGACAUCAUGACAAGAACGAGCAUGAUAUAGCCCUGUUUUGCCUUAAUUUCUUUGUUUCGUUUAUAUUGCUACAUUUUAUUGGAUUUUUUGUUUAUAUAG